AUGGCAAGAGGACGCGGCAACUUUGGGCUGUCGAGUCGGACGCGCGUUAGAGGCUCAUUUCGAGGCGGGCGUGGUGGUUUCCGAGGUCGAGGACGCGGUGGGUCCAAGGCUGGUGGAAAUCCAGACGCAGCGCCAGUACGAGAAGACGAUGGUACACAGCUAGCGGAGAAGUUUGAGAAGAUUGCGGUCAACGACGAGGUUGAUGAGAAGUUGGGGUUUGCGAGGAUACAGGAGGGGCCUAAGCGGGAGGGUUGGUUGAUCAACAUGCAUCCGACGACUGUGAAAGAUCCAGAUUGGCCCUCUGGAAGAGCGGCUGUGGAUUAUUACUUUAUUCAAGACGAUGGAGGAAGCUUCAAAUGCACGUUUCAAUACGAACCGUAUUUUUACAUUGCCUGCAAGACUGGCACAGAGACUAUUGUCGAGGAGUGGAUGAAGAAACGUUUUGAAGGUCUCGUCUAUCGGAUAGCUCGUGACAAAAAGGAAGAUCUCAAGAUGCCCAACCACCUCAUGGGGCAUCGCCGCCUCUUCCUUCAAAUCUGCUUCAGGAAUAUUUCCGACCUACUUGCUGUCCGGCGCGAAAUUAUGCCCCUCGCACUUGCAAAUGGUGCUAAACGAGAUGCCGUCGACGCGUAUGCCGAGGUGGUGCGCGCAACCGCAAGCAUGGAUAUUGAAAUGGAAGACGAAACGCAGGCUUGGGGCGCGUCGUCCAAACCAAGCGACACCGACCCUCGAGAAUGCAUCAUCGACAUUCGGGAGUACGACGUGCCUUACCACCUACGAGUCGCCAUCGACAACGACAUUCGAGUUGGUCUGUGGUACGCUAUAACCUUCACCGCCGGACAGCCGACUUUCACCCUGAUCAAGGAGCGUGUCAAGCGUGCGGACCCGGUGGUCAUGGCCUAUGAUAUCGAAACGACGAAGGCGCCUUUGAAGUUCCCCGACCAAGCUAUCGACCAAGUUAUGAUGAUUUCGUAUAUGGUCGAUGGCCAAGGUUACCUCAUUGUCAACAGGGAAAUAGUCAGCGAGGAUAUUGAGGACUUUGAGUACACCCCGAAGGAAGGUUAUGAGGGUCCUUUCAUCGUGUAUAAUGAACCUAAUGAGGAAGCUACCAUUAAGCGAUGGUUCUCUCACAUCCAAGAGGUCAAACCGACCAUCAUGGCUACGUUCAACGGAGACUUUUUCGAUAUGCCAUUCAUCGACGCACGAGCCAAGGUCAACGGACUGGAUAUGUUCCUUGAGACAGGUUUUGCCAUUGACGCGGAGGAAGAAUACAAGAGCAGGACAUGCGUGCACAUGGACUGUUUCCGUUGGGUUAAGCGAGACUCGUACCUUCCUCAAGGAAGUCAGGGCCUUAAAGCUGUAACAACGGCGAAGUUGGGGUACAACCCAAUUGAACUUGACCCGGAAUUGAUGACACCGUAUGCCGUGGAACAACCUCAAGUGCUGGCUCAGUACUCCGUCUCCGAUGCCGUUGCAACGUACUACCUCUAUAUGAAAUACGUUCACCCUUUCAUCUUCUCGCUGUGUAACAUCAUUGCCCUCAAUCCGGACGAGGUUUUGCGGAAAGGUUCGGGAACUCUUUGCGAGACUUUGCUGAUGGUCGAAGCCUACCGCAGCCAUAUCAUUAUGCCUAACAAACACGAGGAGACACAUGGCAACAUGUAUGAAGGCCACUUGCUAUCAUCCGAGACCUACGUCGGUGGGCACGUCGAAGCUCUAGAAGCUGGCGUCUUCCGUAGUGAUAUCGCAACCGAUUUCAAGGUCGUGCCUGAAGCGCUAACCUUUGUUUCACUCAAGCUCAUUGAUGACCUCGAUGCCGCUCUCACCUUCUGUAUCGUCGAAGAGUCAAAGGCCAAUCUGGCCGAUGUAACCAACUACGAGGAAGUCAAACGAGAGAUUCAGGACAAAUUGGAACUCAUGAGAGACAACCCGAAACGCGUUGACAAUCCUCUCAUCUACCACUUGGACGUCGCAGCCAUGUAUCCCAACAUCAUGUUGUCAAACCGGCUUCAACCCGACUCGAUGGUCCAGGAAUCGGACUGCGCUGUUUGCGACUUUAACCGCCCUGGGAAGACAUGCGAUCGUCGAUUGCAAUGGGCAUGGAGAGGCGAAUACUUCCCUGCUCACCGAGACGAGUUCAACAUGAUCAAGCAUGCGCUGAACCAGGAGUCAUUCCCUGGUAAACGAGCACACGACCCUCCGCGACGCUUCACGGACCUCUCCCCUGCCGAGCAGACGGCCUUGCUCCACAAACGACUCGGGGACUACUCUCGCAAGGUCUACAGCAAGACCAAGGAGACCAAGGUCGAAACCCGUACAUCCAUUGUCUGUCAACGCGAAAAUCCUUUCUACGUUGACACCGUCCGACGGUUCCGUGACCGUCGUUACGAGUACAAGGGUCUCCACAAGAAAUGGAAGAACAACCUCGACACUUACCUUGCCGAAGCUCGUUCCAUCGCGGAAGUCGACGAGGCAAAGAAGAUGAUCGUCCUUUACGAUUCCCUCCAGCUCGCGCACAAGUGUAUUCUAAACUCUUUCUACGGAUAUGUGAUGCGAAAGGGAGCUCGAUGGCAUUCUAUGGAGAUGGCGGGAAUAACGUGUUUGACGGGUGCAACUAUCAUUCAGAUGGCCAGAGCGUUGGUGGAGCAGAUUGGACGACCGCUGGAAUUGGAUACCGAUGGUAUUUGGUGCAUGCUUCCGGGCGUUUUCCCAGAGAACUUCAAGUUCAACUUGAAGAACGGCAAGAGCAUCAAGUUCUCUUACCCUUGUACUAUGCUUAACCACCUCGUGCACGACAAAUUCACCAAUCACCAAUACCACGACCUCAACCCCGAGACCGGCGAGUAUGAAGUCCAUAGCGAGAACUCGAUCUUCUUCGAGUUGGAUGGUCCGUACAAGGCUAUGAUUCUCCCUUCUUCCAAGGAGGAGGACAAGCUGUUGAAGAAGCGUUACGCGGUGUUCAACGAUGAUGGGUCCCUGGCGGAGCUGAAGGGAUUCGAAGUCAAACGACGGGGAGAACUCCAGCUCAUCAAGAUCUUCCAGUCCCAAAUAUUCGAAAAGUUCCUCUUGGGUACGACAUUACAGGAAUGUUAUGCGGCUGUUGCAGAGGUGGCCGACCAAUGGCUCGACAUCCUUUACACUCGCGGCGAAACACUUUCCGAUGAAGAACUGGUCGAUCUUAUUGCCGAAAACCGAAGCAUGUCCAAGACACUUGCAGAAUACGGUGGUCAAAAGUCCACCUCUAUCAGCACUGCCCGUCGUCUAGCCGAGUUCUUGGGAGACCAGAUGGUGAAGGAUAAGGGUCUUGCCUGCAAGUUCAUCAUCUCGGCCAAACCGAUUGGAUCGCCAGUCACGGAUCGAGCAGUCCCGGUCGCCAUCUUCUCAGCUGAGGACUCGGUAAAGCGCACCUACCUCCGCAAAUGGCUGAAGGAUAGCAGUCUCAAUAACUUCGAUCUGCGCGCCAUCCUCGACUGGGAUUACUACAUCGAACGUCUUGGGUCGGUCAUCCAAAAGCUCAUCACCAUCCCUGCAGCCAUGCAAAAGGUGGCCAACCCGGUCCCUCGUAUCCGACAUCCUGACUGGCUAUUCCGCCGUGUAGCGGCCCAAGGCGACAAAUUCAAGCAGAACAAGAUGACGGACUUUUUCAAGGUCAAGGACCCGAAUGCCCCUCCGGAAGACAAGGAUAUGGAAGACCUUGCAGACCCCAAACCCAACCGACUUCGUUUGGUGCCCAAGGAACCCAAGCCCAAAGCUCCAGAACCGGAAGUGGAAACUGAAGAAGAUGAGGGGCCGAUGCCAGACCCUACUCGCAACUACUCGGCCUGGAUCAAACGGAUGCGCCCCAAGUGGAAGGCUAAAAUCCAAGCUCGCUGGACUGAUCCAGAAAGCUCGGUCGUGCCUUCCAUGUUCCAAAGUGCAGUGGCACGCGCCAAGCCUGUGAGCACGCGAUGGGACAUCCUCCAAAUCCGAGCUAGCAAGAUUCCUGGUCGCUUCCUGUUAUGGGUGUACGUCGACGCCAAGUUGGUUUCGAUACCGUUGCGCAUUCCGAGGGAGUUUUAUGUGCACUUGAAGAAGCCGAUGCCUCAACUGUUCCGUCCCGAGUUUUACUCUGUGGAGAAGGUGACGAAGAACCUGCCGCAUGAUCUUCCAUGCACGAAUCUGUUCAAGAUUUCGGUUAGGGAGGAUGUGUAUCAGGAUAUUCAGGAGCAUUUUAUUGACCUCACCAAUGAUCCCAAUGUCGACGGUGUUUUCGAACUCCAGGUACCUCUGGCCAUUCGUGCCCUGUUGAAGCUGGGAAAAUCAUGCAUGCUGUCGUCCGGCGGCCUGAGUCUCAAUCGCGCACAGCAAACGGGACUGGACCUGCAGCAAUUGGACACCUGCGCUUCCACCAGCCAACAAUACCUAGCCGAGGGCAGGACAGCCAAGCACAUCUUCCUAUACCAUGCCACCACACCAAACGGCAAGGUGCAGGUAUUCGCUGUCUUCUAUCCCAACGGCCCCACCAAGCUGCAUAUCAUCGAUCCCGCUGUCAGACGACAACCCAUCCCCUCCUUGGACACGUCAUAUCGCGACCUCUUCGCAAAGCAGCAACAAAUGUUCGGCAAGAGUAACACUUUCCCUUACCCAACGUCCCUCUCCUUCGAGACCGUCCACCACUCCAACGAUGUGACCGCUCUCAAGGCUAUCUCCCGAGAACUGGGUUUGCUGACUGACUCGUCGCUCAUGGUCGUCAUUUCCUCGAACAAGGACGUGUCCUAUUUCGACCGACUCGUCCCCAGGCUCUCGAAGUUCCCUGUCGUCGCGAUGUCGUCGGCAAGGAAUGCGCACCUCCUUAACAGCCUCCCGUGGCAAUCCACUGCCGGUGUGAAGAUCCUCAAACGGUACCUCGCUCUCGGUCCCUGGCUCGAUCGUAUGAUCGCCCUCGCCGACUACUACGACGUUCCGAUUGGCCAUAUCGAGGGCGAUACGCCACUGCUCCUGUCCGACAUCACCUAUGCUCGCCGGCUCAUUCACCAGGACACUGUCCUGUGGUGGUCACCCAGCGAUCUUCCAGACCUUGGUGGAAUCGAGGCUGACAUUCAGGCAUUAGAAGAUUGGCCUAGAACAGAUUUCCUUUCACCGGGGGUGUAUAGUAACGUGUGCUUGGAGGUCACCGUUCGCAAUCUUGCCGUCAACUCUGUCCUUCAAUCCGUCGUCAUCAAUGAGUUGGAGGGGAGUGGUGGAACCACCGCGUUCGACUCUGUCUCGCAUACCCUGGACGACUACAAGAGUGGGGAUUCACAGCGUGACAUCACGCUGGGCGGUUCCAGAGUGUCGACGCAUGCCUUCUCCAUUCUCAAGAAUAUGCUCAAGGGGUGGUUACUCGACAAGAUUCAGCAUGAAAACAACAGUCCCGCAUGCCUUGCUCUCGACCAUUUCUGGAGAUGGGUCACCUCGAAAGGGUCCCAGCUCUAUGAUCCUUCUUUGCAUCGAUUCAUUCACGGGUUGAUGCGGAAGACAUUCAUCCAGCUUCUUGCGGAAUUCAAGCGACUAGGCUCUCAUGUCGUCUACGCCGACUUCAGCACUAUCCUCCUCGCCACAUCGAAGCCACCGGGAACUGCCCACGCCUAUGCUACCUACAUCACAACCGCCGUCACCUCGCAUGAACUCUUCCAACACAUCUACCUUCACACCGAGAAGUUCUAUGACUUCCUCAUCUGCAUGGAUCGAGCCAACAUGGGCGGUGUCGUUUGUGAAGACCCAUUGGCAGUUGAACCUCCGGCCGAGUUAGCGGUUGAAAUGAACUGGAAUAUCCAACACUUCCUACCACCCGCCAUCCAACAUGACUUUGGUUCGGUCGUGCAAUACUACAUCGUGGAGCUGUACCGGAUCAGGCAGAAGAUCAACGCCUCCUCUCGACCUAUCAUUCGGCCGAUGCUGACGAGCGACGGGCCUGAUGCAACACAGCGAGCGGCCCAGGCCAACGACAGCGAGAAAUCGAUGAUUGUCGACUUCAUUGCACGGAAGUUUACUCGAAAGCUUCUCAAGGUGAUCGGAAGCGUAUACGAGCGUCAACAAGACGAUGCGAUGAGCCCUGAAUCGGACGGGUCUUUCGAGUUCCCUACCCUCCCUGGAUCACAUCUUCACAUGACGCAUCCCACCCUCGAACUGAUCAAAUUCCUGUGUGCUGUCUUCUCGCUCGCGAAGGACUACACUGUGGAAAUUGGCCUUCUCAAGCGCAACUUGCUCGAGCUCAUCAACGUUCGUGAAUUCGCGCAAGAGGCUAUCUACCGUAACCCCUGCGAGCCGCUGAAACUCUCCAACGUGCCUUGCCGCCACUGCGAUCUCCUCCGAGAUUUCGACUUCUGUCGAGACCUCUCCCUCCUCCCCAACAAUACAGACGUGAAUCCUCGCUGGCUUUGCACGAAUUGCAAUGGAGAGUAUGACAAGACCGUGAUCGAGUUCAGCUUGAUCGACAUGACGAAAUCCAUAGAGCAGAAGUUUGCUCGACAAGAUCUCCGUUGCUCAAAAUGCCAACAAAUUCAAUCGGAUAAUGUUUCGCGAUAUUGCCAGUGUUCUGGCACAUACCAGUAUACCCUGAACAAGGCUGAAGCAAAGAAGACUCUCAAGACUAUGGUCAACAUUGCUCGGGAAUACAAGUUGGCCCGUUUGAGGGAAACGGCACAAACCCUUCUUUCCAACUGGGCUUAG